AGGAAAUGCACGCAAACUGGAAACGGUAUCAUUGAUUAGAUUCUUGCCACAUUUUAAUGACACAAAAAGCGAACUUUACUUCUUGGGAGUUAUGCAGACUUGGUGUCUCGCUGGAAUAUGUGUUUUGCUUGGCGUUGUCGUGAGAUGGGGCGUGUCGUUAAAUUCAUAUUCCGGAGCAGAAAAACCACCGAUGUUUGGGGACUAUGAAGCUCAGAGACACUGGCAAGAAAUCACCUACAAUCUUCCAGUACGUGAAUGGUACUUCAAUACGUCAGACAAUGACUUGAGUUACUGGGGUCUUGAUUAUCCUCCUUUGUCUGCAUAUCACAGCCUGAUCUGUGGGUGUAUUGCCCAGAUAAUAAACCUUGAAUGGGUUCAGCUUCACAAAUCCAGAGGAUUUGAAAGUACAACACACAAGUUAUUUAUGAGAACAACAGUGCUCGUUGCAGACAUCCUCAUAUACAUCCCUGCCAUAGUAAUAUAUUGUUUAUGGCUGAAUGAUGGAACUGUUAAAAGAAAGAUUUCCACUCUGCUCUGCUUUCUGAUCUAUCCAGGCCUACUACUUAUUGACUGUGGACAUUUCCAGUACAAUUGCGUGAGCUUGGGGUUUGCCCUGUGGGCUGUUCUGGCUCUAGGACAGGGCCAGUAUGCGCUGGGCUCUAUGGCCUUCUCCCUCGCCCUCAACUACAAACAGAUGGAGCUUUACCAUGCGCUACCCUUCUUCUGCUACCUCCUGGGAAAAUGUGUUGAAAUGGGCCUCAUGGGGCAAGGGUUAUUGGUGUUGCUGAGAGUCGCCGUGACGGUGUUGGUGACUUUUGCUUUCUGCUGGUUGCCCUUCCUGUCCGACCCCGCUCAGACCUUGCAGGUGCUCAGGAGAAUCUUUCCUGUGGCUCGAGGCCUGUUUGAGGAUAAGGUGGCCAACACUUGGUGCAGCUUGAACAUCUUCAUAAAGAUCAGAUCCAUUCUGUCCAGUGACUUCCAACUGUACCUAAGUGUGGCUUGCACUUUCUUGGCAGUCCUACCAUCCUGUAUCAGACUUUUGAUGAAACCUACUUUCUGGCAGUUUAAACUUGCCUUGGUCAACUCAUCUCUUGGGUUUUUCCUUUUCUCCUAUCAAGUCCAUGAAAAGUCAAUUCUCUUGGUUUCCUUGCCUGUCUGUCUCUUCUUGAAUGACCUUCCACUAAUGUCAGUUUGGUUCCUGCAAGUUUCUACAUUCAGCAUGCUGCCUCUGUUUCUGAAGGACGGUCUUCUGGUGCCAUAUGUUGUGACUUCGCUAGCCUUCCUCUUCUUCAGCAUCUCCUUGCUGUCACCAUUGGAGCACUGUUCAGAAGAAGAGCUUGCACUGAGAGCCUACCACAAACUCCUUUUUUCCAAAAUGGACCUGGCUUGGAUAGUGAAAUGGAAGUUCUACUUCAGCAUCUUGUCCAUGGCCUGUUUGAGCAUCGCAAGCGUCACUUUGUCUCCUCCAACUCAUUUGCCCGACUUGUUUCCUGUGAUCGUCUCUACUUUUUCUUUUUUGCAUUUCUUAGGGACAUUUCUGUACUUCAAUAUCGUCCAGUUUAGUGCAUUGCCAAGUAAAAAAAGACAAAAGAAGAACAAAUAAAUUCACCACAGGGAGGUAAAGAGUUAUUAACUCCGUAGAACCAGUGUUGCAUAAAGGUAUAAAUUUGUUUUCACUAUGCACGAGACCUUUUGCUCACUGCCAGUGUAUACCGAAAGCAAAUUAACAUCAUACAACGCAAUUGUUUAACAUCCACCCCGGUACUGCAAAAUUGUACUGCAGAGUAUAAUGAAAGAUUAUAAUUCUUUUCCCUUAUGAUGUAGCGAAAAAACGCUACCAAAAAAAAUGCAUCUUGGGAUGAUGUGUUGCAGUACCAUCCCAAACAUCUACGAAAACAGAAAUAGUAUUUUGUAUAGAGCUCAUGCAUGUGACAUCACCGUUUUCAUGCCGCCAUAUUGCCGAUCAAACAGCUGCUAGACAUUGUCGGAGACAUUGAACCGAAGCAGAAUAUUCACAAUGCGCGAGACCUGUUGUGCUGUUAGUUGUCACAACAGACGAGACAGAUAUUCAAAGAGAUCAUUCUAUGGAAUAUCAGCUGAAAAGACCAGAAAAUAUCGAUGGAUCUCGGCAAUUAAACAUGAUGAAUGGUGCCCAACCAAAAUACACACGCCUGUAUAGCAAUCGCUUCAUUUCAGCUAGGAAUUAUUGUUCUCAAUCUCAAAUAACCAAAAAGUAUUUAUAAUGCCAAGUUGACUCGUUUGAGUAUAAUGCGUAUUUAAAAAAAAAAAAAAAAACACCUUUCGCAGAGGUUUACCAAGGUUAAUGUGUGGCCGCAAUACGCUUCCAUGUCCUAAAUUUUUUUUUUCCCCAAUCAUAGUUAAUGAAAGCGAGUUUGUGUAAAACCAGGGGCCAUUUAUUUAAUUAUUGGUAUUUCUUUUGAGAAAAUCUAAGUGGGUCCAUCACUACGUGGGCUUUAUUCCUGAUUGAGAACAUAUCCAGCAACAAAGUAUCUGUAUGCAUCGAGACUUUUACACGCUUUCAAACUCUUCCGCGUAAAUUUAGACGAUUUACUCACCAGAUCCAUGUGUAUAUCCAGUUGUCCAAGACAAGUGGAAGCGAAUUAACAGUCCAAUGUCUUAUCGGCGAAAACAUCAUCUUCGGCAUUAAACAUAGGUCUUCUGUGCCAAGUGUCUCUAAUAUUUCCACGUACGGAGUUUAUUAUGACCUUCUAAAUUUUUAAUGGUAUCGGACAAAACUCUGGAUGUUGUGCUAUAAGACAUAUUUUCGUUUCGUCUCAACGGAAUUAACUUGCAACAAUGCUUUGACCGGCAAUGUGGUGACAUUACGUGAUUUUAUGAUGUAGGUGCACAAGCCCUAUAGAGUUUUUGUAUUAUCAUAAUUAUUAUAGUUGUUUUCUUGAGCUGCAGUAAAUGUGUUUGUGUACCUUUUUAUAUGGUGCUAUACAGCAUGGGUUAAAAUUACCAUAUUUGAAAAAUAUUUUUACACUGUAGAACUGUUAAAACAUAAAGUGGAACCUUAGUAAUACAUUCCGGGUUCUGGUUGAUCUCUGAUUUAUUCAAUAAAAGCAGUUUUUAACAUUUUAACCUCUUGAUCUCAUCUAAACUAUUAUUAAAUGAGAUUGCCUGGUGUCCUGAUGAUAUGUCUGACGCGUUCAUCAAAAUAUUUAAGGGUCAAGAAUUAUAACAUUUAAAACGUUUUUGCUGUUGUAAAAUUGGCUCAUUUUAGUAGCAGAUCUGUCCGAUGCAAUGCACCAAUCCUUACGGGGUCGCUGUUGAAACUGGGUUGCAUCAAACCAAAACCUGAUGUGCAGCUAGUGAUGUUAGUUAAUUAGUCCCACAGUAUUGUAACAGUGAGGUGGAAGUGAAGAACAACUUGCUCACAUGCAUGUUUUCAGAAAUUGCAGGAUUAAAGAUUUACUUGGUUUGCCAAAAAUGAGGAUUUUCUGAUAGAUUUCACAUCAAUUCUUUCCUGACAAUUGUAUCCAAUAUGUUCCCAAGAUAGUCUUAGUUUUGGUCCCUUUUGUUUUGGAGUAACUAGUCUUCUAACUGGACUCAAUGGAUGGUGCUCACUCCUUUCUUUUUUUCCACUGCAUUUUUUUUUAUUUUUACAUCUGCAAGUUAUUUUGUACAAAGGGAUUUCAAUCAGAAGACAAAAUAACACAGAAUGGCCCGUUUUAUUACCUUGUUAUAUUGUACAAUUCCAAGCAGUUACACAUAAAACAGUCAUUUUGCUAAACCACUACGAUGGGGAAGAGAGAGGCAAUUAGAGAAAAUGACUUCUCCAAAUGGUUUUAUUCAACAAAAUUAAAAAUGAAUUUCAAAUCCUCGAUAACAACGGGCCACCAAACAAGACGUGCACAUUUCACACAAAAUCACCAGCAAGACAGGCUCUUAAAAGAGAUGAUGGACGGUGACACAUCUGACUGAGCAUAAUGCUAUAAACUUGAAAUACCACAGAAAAAAGGUGUAUGCAAUUUUGUUCUCCAAUCUUUCUCUGAGUUAAUGACAUGGGCAUAAAAAAACCCAUUACAACUAUAAAUGUUAGCAGGUCAGUGAGAGGUGGUUGAACAUCAGAAGCUCAGAGCCAAGGGCCAAUAAUGGGCCCACAUGGGAUCUUAAGAUCCGGCUUUUUUUUUCUUUUUGGGAGCACAGAAGUGAUGGGGACCAAAUUGGAGCUGUAUAGUAACUGUUGUGUACAUGCUUGUUUUGGCUUUACUGAGCAGAUUUAUGUAGUUGACAAAAUCAAAGGAAACAGUGGAUUGCUUUUCCUCCUUUUUCCUCAUCUAAUGAGCACAAAUAUCAAAAAGUAUGUUUUUCAUAGCUCCAGUUUGAGUAAUGCUGGAAAAGAGUUAUUUAACCAUACAUUAUAUUUGUAAAGGCAAAAGCUGAUGUACACAAACUCUUAAAAGGUGAGUCUUUCCACUCAAUAGUUUAUCUUGAUUGGAAAAGAUUUCUUGUCCUAUCUUCUGCUUAUUUUUUCAGCACCACAUCAUCAUCAUUUUUGUUGAUAUAUUUUUCAUACAUGCAAACACCUUCCAAAUCAACAAGUUAUGUUGCCGUCCACUCACAAUGAGUCUGUCUCGUCAUACCACUUCAACCCCAUGUCAGCUUCUAUUCCCCCCACCCUCCAAAAAAAAAAACUCCAUUGCCUGAGAAGGAACUAGUAUUGAAUGGGAUACCAUAAUUUCUCAUGGAUAAUAACUAUCCCCCUCCCCCGAAAAAUUUGUCCCAAACAAAUGAUGCGCAUUAUACAUGGGAAUAGGAGAAAUGGGCUGGGGUGGGGACUCACAUUUCAUAAAUGUAUUCUGCCAUCUUACAGUUAUAGGAAAAGGGGGACACAUUUCAAUGUGCCAUUGCCACCUAGAGGUUGUGAGAGGGGUGGAGGCUGCACUUUCAUUCCAAUUUGACUGGUACAGUACAUAUGACUCCUUUUGUACAGUUGUGAUUUGUGUUGUGAGUGAGUUGUUUACAUACCCU